CUGAAUCUUUGCGAAGUGGACGAGUCAUCCUAAAAGUAGCCUGCAGAGGGCAUUCAAGUCCAAGUGAUUGUCCUUUAGUUUCGGUAUUUCUUUCUCUGCAAAAUCAUACCAAUGUUUCAUUGUAAUCAAGACUAGUAUAUACGUUUCUUUUUAUAUACGACGAACUUAUCAAUAAUAGACCUCAUAUUGUCUACAAUUAUUAAGAUGAGGACUGUGAUUUUAUUGCAAAGAUUGAACCCGGCGCGCUCCAAUUCGGUAGGUGGCGAUAGAAAGUCCAAAGAAUAGGCUUACACUGCAACACAGAGCAAGUAAGUGUGAAAGUACCAGAGAUAUGUGUUUUUUAUGUUAUGGAUGCAAGAAACAAUGUUAGCUGAUGUUCGACUGAAAUCAUAUGGUAUUGUACUCAGGCAUGUUUAAUUUCAGACCAGUUACGCUUGGCAAGACCAUUGCGUCAGAAAGCAACAACAGAAUAGUUUCCUUCAGGAAUAGUCAGUGAUUAAAUAGAAACCAUGAGUUGUUCAGUUACUCAGCUGACGAAGUUAUACUUAAAGUGUAAGUUUAACCCUAACUCUGGGCUUAACUCCAUCCACUGCAUAUUGUUGCCAUUGAAAGUUUACUAGACUGUGAGUAGGAAUAUCAUAAUUUAGAGGUGUAGGCCUACCAAACGACUCUCUUUAAAUGAAUAUAUCAUUAUAUAGCAGUCAUAUAAUUAAGUUAAAACGGGUGUGUUUAUACUUUAACUUUCCAAAAUUAGUGAAUUUAUGGCUGCUAUUCAAUUGCACUAUAUUGAUCUGAAGUUCACGAAGGGCACACUCAUUUAUGUCCAUGGGACAAAGCCUGUCAACUCUCAUCCCACAUCCAACCACUCCCGAGACUUCUCUGGCGUGUCGUCGUAGUAUUAUGGUAGAACCUUAGUUAGGCUACAUUUUACAGCAUUUUACGGUGUUUGGACUUUUUCUGUAAUUUAGGCUCACCCAUUUAGUUUAUCUGACGCUGUAAUGUCGACGGGAUCAGAGGGACAACCCUGCCACAGCGACGACACAUCAAAUACAUGUAAGCCUACGGGAGAAUGGAAUCUUCAGUACGUGAAGGGAGAUCUUUUCUCCUGCCCCGCAGACGAGUCCUUAGCCCACUGCAUCAGCGAGGACUGCCGCAUGGGAGCUGGCAUUGCCGUCGUCUUUAAGAAAACAUUUGGAGGGGUAGAGGACCUCAAGGCCCAGAAGAAGCUGACAGGAGAGUGUGCAGUGCUGAAGAGAUCUCAGCGUUAUGUUUACUACCUGAUUACCAAAGAAAAAUACAACCACAAGCCCACCUGUGACAGCCUGAGAAUGAGUCUGCUUGCCAUGAAAGCCCACUGUUGGGAAAAGGGAGUUACCAGAAUAUCUAUGCCAAGAAUUGGCUGUGGGUUGGAUCGUCUCAGCUGGGAAGAUGUGGAAGUCAUGAUUAAGGAGAUCUUCCAUGAUACAAAUAUUUGUAUCACUGUAUAUACUCUCUGAGGGGAAUAUGCUUGUGGGGAGAUUGUAUUUGUUCAAGAGGCUCCCGUAAUUUUGGGGUUAUGACAUAACUUGGCCGUUUUUUCUUGGCUGCAGAAUACUACCUCGAGAGAUGUGUUAAUUGUGUUUGAAUGACCUUUUGUAAGGCAAUCUGGCGAUAUUUCAUAUCCUGUAUUUAGGCAUGAGUCAUUACUAAUAUUUUCCAUUCGGCAAUUAUAAUUUGCUCCCUUGAGUUCAAUUACAUUUGGAGUGUUUUAUUUAUGAAUUUAUUUCUGUAUGUAAAAUUUAAACUUUUCAGUAUAUUUGGGAACAGAGCAAUGGUUAUGGGAGAUAAAAGACCACUUCAUAAACCCUUAUAUUGUAAAGUUGUUUAUAUUAAAAAGAUAUUAACCUUGA